GAGCUGCUCAUGAAUGAAAAUCCUGUAUUUAAGGAGAGCCAGAUUUAUAAAAGCCAUCAUACUAAUACUAAACAACCAUCAUGAGUUCUCAGGAUUUAACAAAAGAACAAAGACAAAGAAUAGAAGAAAAUAAACUAAGAGCACUAGCCAGAAGAGCUGAAAAAGUUAGUCCAGUGAAACAAAUUCAAAAUGAAGCAAAACCAAAUGGCUUUUCAGUAGUUACAUCAUUUCCUGAAAAUAAUAACAUAGAAAUGAAAUUGAAAAUUGAAACCAACAGAGAAAAAGCUCUAAAAAAAAAUAAAAUGCAGAUUUCUAUAGGUGUAAAAGAACAGCCAAAAACAGCUAUUCAAGGGGGCAAUUUUAAUUCACAAUCUGUUGUAAGAAAUAUAAAUAUGAAGGUUGUAAAUGAACAAGACACUUCAGUUAGGAUUAGCAUAAAGGGAAAGACUAAUGAGACUAAACAUCCAUCGCAGAACUAUUUUUCUAACAAGGACAGUAACUUUGGGGCCAUUGAUCAGCUGAAUAUUUCACCCAAUGAUAGAGAUGAUUGGGCUACCAAAGAAAUGUCUGCUUCUAUGAUACCCAAGGAUGCUUUUUAUAAUUCAACCCAAAAGAUGAAGGGAACCUGUAUCUUGACAGAUAAUAGGAUGUUUUAUGUUGAUGUUGGAUACAGUGCACCUCUUAUUAACUUUUUCAAGCAGAUGAAAACAAAAAUCUAUGGUAUGGUCUUCUAUUACCUCAUGUAGUAAUACAUUUUCUCUAAUGCAAACAUGAGUUUGUUAGCUGUAUUAUUUUAUAGCAUGCACAUGUAAAUGAUUAAAGAUAAAUCAAUAAAUCAGAUCUGGGAAUGUUUUAAUAUUAUAAGUUCUUUAUAACAGCUGUAGUGUAAAGGACAAAAUGACACAGGCAUACUGAAACUAAAUAGCAAGCAAAAAAAGCAUGUUGGUUUUUUUCAUGCAAAAAGAGCAUAAAUAUAAUUUUUAGAAUGUUUGAAAAACAAAUUCCAAAUUUUAAAUUUAUUUAUAAUUGAAUUAAUUGUUUCAGAUAGUACAAAAAAGGUGUGGUCUUUUAAGUUAGAAGAAUACAACGCAUUUAGUAAGUAUAAAUUAUUAUUAUUCAUUAAAAGUUCAUAAUAGGGGAGUCUUUUGAGAUUGCAGCCUACAGGAUUUGAUAGAUUCAUCAUAGAGAAAUAUACUUUAAAAUCCUCUUAUUUCUUGCUUUGCUUUUCUUUACUCAGUGAAAGGAGUUAGCCAAUUCAAGCCAGAAAUUGAUAUUGAAGGAUUACCUCCAUGGAUACUUCAAACAUUUGGGUCUAGUACCAGUGAAAAUAGUAUAGUUUCUGAGGCUGACCUUAAAUGUGUGGAUGACGUUUUAGUCCAGACUUUACUGCCGUUUCAAAAACAUGGUGUUAAGUAAGUUUUAUAUUUACAUCUUUUCCAUAUGAAUUGACAUUGUGUUGAUAAAAUUAUCUAAAUCAGUGUUUUUUCAACUAGUUUGCUGCAGCACCCUGGUGUGCCCCAACUAUUUUUUAAGAGUGCCACAAAACUUUGAACUAGAGCAUGCGGCUAAAAUAAAAAAACAUACAGUUUUUAAAGUAUAAUUGCUGAAUUUCAAACCUUCUAAACUCGUAACCUUGUGGAGUCCCUCUUGUUCAAUUUGGCUUUAGCUGCUUCCUUAGAGAUCUUGUUCUCUUAACCUAUGCAGAGCUAACUGCCAAGUUAUAUGAAGUUCUUUACAAAUUCCAGGAUGUCAAGGUGGGGGGAGUGUUUUCGCAGUGAAUUUUUUUUCAGUCCAAACUCCUUGCAUGAUUGAGAGAGUCCACUUACAAACUGAUGUGCUCCAUUUCCCAUGAAUGAGGUUAACACUGAAUCUUCUACGAAACGCAGUUUAUCUAUGAGAACCUUGCGGACUUUGAGCACUGUCUUGGUGGCGGCGAUGUCAGCCCCGAUUUGGACAGACAUUUCUUUGUUGCGGUCCUUAAAGGAGUUUAUCAGGAAGAAGUAGAUUAAGAUUACAAAGUGUGUGAGUCCAAGAAUGUAGUCUUGCUUCAAUCUGAUGCUGACUGAAAUGGACUGUUGAAGCGUAUUGUGCUGUGCUUGUUGUCAUUAGCUGAUACAAGGACAGCAAAAGGUUGAAAGAGGACCAAUAAUUUUCUGCAUAAAACUGAAAAUUCAUUCUAACAAUAAUUGAGAUGAAGUUUAACUCUUUUGACUAUAGUAUUUUAAAAAAAUGCUAAUUAUGUGUAAUUUAAAAAUAUCGUAUUUUCUUCAGUGUUGCUAUUCAUCGCCAAGGCCGACUGCUGAUAGCAGAUGAUAUGGGACUUGGUAAAACACUACAGGCUAUUUGUAUUGCAAGCUAUUAUAGAAAUGAAUGGCCUCUUUUGGUUGUGUGUCCUUCAUCUGUUCGUUUUGACUGGUCACAGGUAAUUAAAGUGUAUUCAAAUCAUGGCACAUUUGAUAUGUCUAAAGCAAUGUUGUGUAUGCAUUGCAUUUAUGUGCAGUAUUACCAUUUACCUAUACUUAGUAUACAGUCUAAGCAUUUUCUAAGCUUUAUUUGUACUUCUUACAAUAAGGAGAUAACAAUAUAGGUUAACAUUUCAAAUUAAAAAAACCCAUCAAAAUUUGAUAGAUUGAAAUGUCUUACCAAUGAAGGCAAAAUUUCAGCUCUAUAGGUCAUCAGAAGCUUACAAAACAAGGUGUGAAUCUGUACAAGACUUUUGAACCAGGGCUACAUCACUGAACUGUGUAAAAUAAGAGGGGGUAUAAAGAUACAAACUGAUUGUAGAAAUAUACGCACAUCUAUUUAGCAGUUUCAAAGAAACACUUGAUAUUAGCAUGUAUGAUAAUAUUCAAUAAUUUAAACUGAAAAAAAAAUGAGAUGCAAAAUAUUAAACAAGGCUAAAAAAUAUUAUACUCUUUCAGCAAAUAUGCAAAUGGUUGCCAAGUGUGCCCAUUGGUGAAAUAAAUGUUGUUGAGACUGGAAAGAGAAGUGCCAUAUCAGGGCUGGUUAACAUUAUCAGCUAUGAUUUACUUUCAAAGAAAACUGUAGAACUUAAUGAAAAGAGGUUCAAAGUCAUCAUAAUGGUAAGCAUUAAUUAAAUUUAAAAUUAUUUCACUCUUUUAUAAUCUAAGACAAGGCAUUAUUAUUUUAAAAAUAGGACAUUUAGCUUUUUAGUUCUAUUAUAAUUGUAUAAUUGAGUUUUUUUUCAAAGAUAAGAUAAGUACUUUGAUUUUGAUUUACUAAGGACAGCUAUUUAUAAAAAAAUGAUACUAUAGACAAUUUUUAUUUUUGCUGUUUCUUGAAACAAAUUUUUUUUAAAUUUUAGGAUGAAUCACAUUUUUUGAAAAAUGCUAAAACUGUUCGAACACGUGCGGCAAUGCCAUUGUUAAAGGUAAAUUAAAUUAUUUUUAGUUGUUAAUUUCUAUAACUAAUGUGUAUUUAAAAAAAAAAAAAAAAGGGCUAAUAAUAAAAUUCAAAAUUCUGUGUUCAUUUAGUUGUUAAUUUCUAUAACUAAUGUGUAUUUAAAAAAAAAAAAAAAAAAGGGCUAAUAAUAAAAUUCAAAAUUCUGUGUUCAUUGCAUAAAUGUCUGAAUUCCUUUUGACAGAGUGCAAAGAGAGUGCUCCUUUUGUCAGGAACUCCAGCUCUUUCCCGUCCCAGUGAAUUAUUUUGUCAAAUAGUAGGUGUGUGCCCUGACAUAGUCAAGUUUCACAACUUUGGUUUACGUUACUGUAAUGCUAAGCAGGUAAAUUGA